AUGCAGAAACAGGGGCUGCCGGGCUCUGCGCGAGAUGAAGACUCCUUCGAGCUGCUAAUGCCUGGAACCGACUUGGACGUGGGUGUCCGUGCCCUCGGCCCCGAGUGUGUGGGAACGGGCUCUUCUCCGCAGAGGCUCCCAAAGGGCCCGUGGGCUGUGGGGCCGGCCUGGGGUGCAGAGGAGAAGCCGGGAGGGUAUCGCCAGCUCGGCCCCCGGGAGCAGGGCGCGGCCUCGGGGCGCCCUCUGAGUCUGCGUCCUCAGGGAGGAGGCUGGGGCGGGCCGCGGGGCGGAGGUUCCCGGCUCCUGCCCUCGCCUCACAGGCAGCGCGCCCGCGUGUGGCUGGUGCCCCGAAGCCCCGCACCCAGGCCGCUGUCGGCCAGAGAGCAGCCCUGGGGCUGGACACCAACAGCAACAGGGGAGCGAGGCCUGGGACCCGGCCCUCGUCCAAGCCAAACGCCCGACACGGGGGAAAGCGGACCCGGGGCCGCGGGGUCGGGAGGAGCGAAGCCACGAGGCUACUCGGGGCCGCCGAGAGGCUGCCGGGGCUCGGGCUCCAUCCGCAUCGAAAGGACCUCGGUUAGUGCCAGCCCCUCCGCUGCUGCCCGGAGCGCCGGUUGUAUUGUCGAGGAAUCUAACCCGAAAGGCUUGUGA